CCACUGUUUUCUUCCCAUCACAAACAAAAUGAAGGUAGCCGUUCUGAUCACAACUAUCUUAGGACUUGCUUUGGUGGAAGCCUAUCCCCUGCCAGGAGUUCCUCCCUCCCGUGGCAAAUAGAAUACUAAAUUGUAAAUAAACCAUGUCCAAAUAGAAAAGCGUAAUCUAAAAACUA